CUACAGCAAUCAGAGAGGACUGGUCACACCUGCUAUAUGCCAAUUGUGUGUGAGGUUGGUGGUUUUACAGCCUCACAGCAUGUUGCAACACCUGAGAGCCCGCAGUAGGAGUUUGUUUCCAAGCUACAAGCCCGGCAGCCGGACCGCAGCCUUCAGAGAACCGGACGACUUUCUGGAUCUCGCAAAGAUCUUUGUGAAGCCAUGGAAUUCUAUGCAGGACCUAGGCAGAGACAUCUAUGAUCUUUAUGCUGAGGAUGAAGAAGACGAUGCAUCCCCAACUCGCAUGCUGUUAUCUCCUGCUAAGGACUUCACACUCAACAUCAAUGUUGGUGGAACCGUAUACCAUCUGCCAUACAGGUUAGCUGCCAGGUAUCCAAAAACCCGGAUUGGCCGCCUGGCCAUGUAUGCUGACCACAGUAAAAAGUUGGACCUGUGUGAUGACUAUGUAGUCCACAGCAAAGAGUUCUUCUUUGACCGGGACCCCGCUAUUUUCCACAAUAUCUUCAACUUUUACAGGACUGGGAUGUUGUGCAUUAAAGAGGAACUUUGCCCCCGCAACUUCCUGGAGGAGAUCAACUACUGGGGGGUCCGAAUCAAGAACUGUCAGCGCUGCUGUCGCAUCGCAUUUGAAGAGCGGCAAGACGAGCUGAACGAGCAGCUGAGAAUACAGAAGCAACUGAUGGCUGAGGUGGAGAUGGAGGAGACGGAGGCCUUGUAUCGCAACAUGGCGUUUGGGCACACCCGCUGGAAAAUCUGGAACAUGAUGGAAAAGCCUUUCUCCUCAGUUGCUGCCAAGCUGAUAGCGGUCGCAUCCUCCGUGUUUGUGCUGAUCUCGCUGGUUGCCAUGACGCUGAACACCGUGGAGGAGAUGCAGUACAAGACACCAUCAGGGCAGCUAAGUGGCAGGUUCUACGGCGAACAUGUGGAGACUUUCUGCAUCGCCUUCUUCACCCUGGAGUACGCUCUCCGCUUGCUGUCCACCCCAGACCUGAGAUGUUUCGGACGCAGCGUUCUGAAUUCUGUCGAUCUGAUCGCCAUCUUGCCACACUACCUGCAGAUGGUCCUGGAGUUUUUUGACGAAGAGGACGCACACGUGCGUUCAGGAGACCUCGAGACCAUGGCGCGUGUCGGGAAGGUGGGCCAGGUUCUGAAGAUCAUGCGUCUGAUGCGGAUCUUCAGGAUCCUGAAACUGGCUCGUCACUCGACGGGCCUCAGAGCCUUCGGCUUCACGCUGAGACAGUGCUACCAGCAGGUGGGCUGUUUGUUGCUUUUCAUCGGCAUUGGGAUCUUUGUGUUUUCAGCCAUGGUGUACACUGUGGAGCACGACGUUCCCAACACUAACUUCACCUCCAUCCCGCUCGCCUGGUGGUGGGCGUCUGUCAGCAUUUCCACAGUGGGAUACGGCGACAUGCUUCCAGAGACCAACCUGGGUCGAAUCUUCGCCUUUGCCUGCAUCUCCUUCGGCAUCAUCCUCAACGGCAUGCCCAUCUCCAUCCUCUACAACAAGUUCUCAGACUACUACGGCAAGCUCAAGUCGCAGGAGUACGCCGCCGUCACCAAGGCUCGCGGCGACGUGCACUUUGCCCAGAGGGCGGCCAAGAAGUUCGUCGAGUGUUGCGAGGACGCCGCUCAGCUGAGAUCAUCCCGACCGCAGUGUCAGUUCCUGUUAGCACGGCAGCGCGGAGAGCUAGCGUGAAAAUAGGACCACCUUUCCACACGAAAGCGUCCGUGAGCAAACACUAUUGAUAUAAAUGGAAUUGAAUGGAGCUCCAGUAUGCGGACACUUUUUGCUUGAAAAUAUUUGGAGAUUGUUAAAUGAUUGAUUCAUUUGAUCACAUUAAUAACCAGAAUAAACACAGGACAAGGAUUUUAGGAAAACGUAAUUGUCAACAAUUUAACAAUACAGUCAAACCUGUCUUAGCGGCCACCUUUGUAGAACGGCCACCUGCCUAUAGCAGCCACCGAAAAAUCCCCCGCAGCAAAUUUACAUGUUAUAGACCCUGUGUAUAGCAGUCACCUGUCUAACGCGGGCGGCGGCCACCCAUUUUGUCUCCCUUGGUCAAUAUGUGACCGCAUAUAGCGGCCAAAUUGCCAACAUAAGUAGAAGCUUCAUGCACGAAAAAGUUUUGUUUUUCAAUCAAUGAAGCCGUCGUGUGUAGACUUUAAUUACUGAGUCCUGAGAUGCACUUUAAUGGCUUUAUUAACAGUGGAGAACACUGCAGGACUUUACAUCCACGCCAACAUAAACACACUUCCCAACUCUCUCGAAACUCACAGCUAGCACUGAGCCUAGCUCUCCUGCUCGGGACGCCCACCGUCACUUCCCGAUGAACUAAAGCUGUCUGCUGUAUAAAAAGUAAAAUAUUAAAAACAAGCGUAAGACAUUACUAGCAAGCACAGCUUUGUUCUGUGAGUCGUGGAUAUAUUCUAUCAGUUAUUAUUGUAUAAUAUUGUAUUUGUACAGAGCUGCUGUAACCGGCAGCCACUCACAUGGCGCCAUUUUGGAAAAAGCUUCUAGCUUCCUUUUAGUAGGUAAAAACCUUGGCUAUGAUUGCACUACAUUGUCAUGUAGACCUACAAAGUACACUUGGAAGAACAAGAGGUGAAUAAAUGUAUUGAAACUGAUGAGGGGUAGGAUUAAAUAAGCUUUGCUUCUUCCUACUCCUUUUUGGACAUGCAAAAUUGUGAAUUGUACUAUGUGAUGUGCUACUGUUUGACUCAUGCAUGUUCAGGAUUAAAACCAUGAACGAUGAUAAUAACAAGCCUAGUAGUGCUGUACAACUUUUGUCCGCAGUGCCCUCUACUGGUCAACAUUAUUAUUUUUUCCCUUUUUUUCCCCUCUACUGGUCAACAUUAAAACUGGACGCCAACCUGUCUAUAGAGGCCACUUUUGCAGACUCCCUCUAGUGGCCGCUGUAGACAAGUUUGACGGUAUAUAAAUUAGGGCUGUUAAAUUAUUUAAAUAAAUGUAUCAAAUAAUCUGUUUUGUUUUGAAUCAUAAUCACCAUUUGCAACUAUGUUUGAAAUCUGCCAAUUUUUACUCUUUUAUGAACAAAAUGAUAAAUGACGGGAUAAGUGUGUGUGUGUGUGUGUGUAUGUGUUUUAUAUUAACAGCUUCAAAUUAACCGAACAUUUAACUACAAGCUUAAAAAUGUAACAGUCUUAAAUAGUAGCACAACAUUUGAAUUACGUGCUAUUAGGAGCCUGAAGAGUUGCGUUCAAAGACGCCAUGUAAUUUAAGGUGAAUGCACAUGUUUUGAGUGUAAUUCAGGGGUGCCCAAUACGUCGUUCGCGUAAACGUCACUUUGUCGAUGUCAUGACAUUUGUCAGCUGACAUUAAGCUCCCCUCCUGAUGAGUUUACGGAUAAACUAACUCUGCGGUAAGAUGUCUACCGCUAUAACAAAAGUUAUCCAUUCAGCUAGUAGAAAAGAUGUCAAUUGUUUGAUGGCUUUGCUUUGUGUCCUGAAGUCCACUAUAGAAAUGCAUGUUUUAUACACUUCCUUUCUUAAACUGUUAUUUCAUGAUGAAUUUGAAAAUGUGCCCAUUGCUGAAACCUGUUUAAUGUUGCCUUGACUUCGGCUGCGUUCCCUUUUAUAUCAUUUUAUAUCUUCGGUAAUGUUUGAUAGCAAAUGCUAACUGGACGUAAUACAUGAGCUGUGACCUAAUGAACGCUACAUAUUACCGGUACUCUGGUUAUGUACACAACUAUUGAGGAAUUAUUGAAUAUAAUUAUAACCAGUUUCAUUACCUGUACGCUUUGAAAAUGUGAACGUCAAAUACUAAUUAAUAUUUACAGCAGUAUUUCAAAGAUUACCGGUGAGAUUUUAUGUUGCGUUUUCUAGAAAGAGGAUCAUUGUGACUUUUGACCUGUAUGCUGAAAAAGUGCGUGCACCCCUGAUAUACAAUACAUGUAUAAUGAACAGAAAUACAUUUUAUGUACGUGCAUGAUGUACAUAAGUAUUUUUAAUAAAUAUAGUAAGCAUACAGGUAUAUAUUUUCUGUAUUUACAGUAGGAUCUUUGGGACUUGGUCAUUUGAA